AUGGCAAUUAAAAUAUAAUCUGCGUAUCGAUCUUAUAUAAAAAGACAAAAAUAUAAGUAAAUGAAAAUAGUUAAUUAUUAGUUUAAAAUUAGCAGAAAAAAAGACAAAUAAUCAGAAUUUAUAUAAUUCAACUGAAGAUUUCUAAAUGGAAUUUCAUACACGCUCAUAUUCUCAAAAAAUUAAUUCAUUUGUUGAAUAGAAUGCUGAUUCAAAGAUAAAAAAUAAUAAAAAUUAAUCUGUUAUAUCUAAAAUUAGUCACUAAUAAAGUUUCAAAUUGUAACCAAAAGAAUCUGAUUCAUAGGACAUUGAAGAUUUAGGUUGUUAUGUCAAAAUUCCAUAAAAAUUAAGCGUUUAAUUUUUUGAUAAAAGUGAGGGAUCUCUCAAAAAUUAAAAUGAUAAGAUAAAUUCAUUCAAGCUUAGGUGUGUAUUGACUCUUGAAAUAUUAGAGACAAAUGAUAAAAUAAAAUUAUAAUAAAAAAACAGAAGACUGAAAUUAGAUACAAUAAAAUUAGUGGGUGGAAAUAAAUACAAUGGAGAAUGGUUAAAUUAAUUACCAGAUGGAAAAGGUAAAUACACUUUUUGUGAUUCAUCAUUUUAUUAAGGUGAAUUUUUAAAAGGUUAUUUUCAUGGUAAAGGUGAAUUUAGAAGUAAAAAUGGAGCUUAUUAUCGUGGAUAAUGGUAAUAAAAUAGAAUGCAUGGUUAAGGUAUAUACAAUUAUAAUAAUGGAUGUAAAUAUGAAGGUAAUAUAAAUAUUUAAAUAUAAAGGGUAUUGGAAAAGAGAUCUACCAAAUGGAUAAGGAAUAGAAUGGUAUGUUAAUGGUUCUGUUUAUGUGGGUAAUUUUUAAGAUGGAUUAAAACAUGGAUAAGGCAAAUUAACAUUUAUUGAAGGAGAAAUUUAUGAAGGUGAAUUUGAAUUAGAUAAUUUUAAUGGAAUAGGAACAUAUGUAUAUAAUAUUAUAAAAUAUAUUUAGAGAUGGUUAGAUGGAAGAAUCUAUUAAGGAGAAUGGAUGAAUGGUAAAAUGAAUGGAAAAGGAUUAUUAAAUUGGCCUGAUGGACGUUUUUAUAAAGGUAAAUAUUGGAAUGAUCAAAAACAUGGAUUUGGAAUAUUUUGUUAUUCAGAUGGAAAAAAAUAUGUAGGUUAAUGGAAAAAAGGUGUUUAAGAUGGAUAAGGAGAAUUUUAUAAUAGUUGUAACUAAUAAAUAACUAAAGGGAUAUGGAAGUAAGGAUAAUUAGUUAAAUUACUUUGA